AUGGCAACUCGAGCUAGUCGUCCCCGGGGUCUAUCAGCAAACCAUGUCAAUGAGGAGGAACGAUUGCAGACCAUCAUAAAUGACAAGUCCACUCUGUCUUCCGUACGUCUACUUGGAAAGAAAAAUUGGGUCAAGAUGGACGAACGUCCCAAUUGCUUUUACUGUGCUCGCAAGUUCCGACCAUUCUCGAUCAAACGCCACUGCCGUUCUUGCGGGGAGAUUGUCUGCUCCAACUGUUAUCGCCGACGCAGAGUGAGUGUGACCCCAACACUGGAAGUCACGGUGCGUCUCUGUUUUGACUGCAUCGACAAAGCCAUGCUUUGUGCUGAAAAAGAGAACCUUGGCAAGAGUGCAGUUAUCAUGAAACAACUGGGCUCUGACGAGGAUGGCACCGAGAUAAUCGACAAUGAACAGUGCAAGCUGGACGGGAAGAAGACCUUUGGAGCCUGCAGCCUGCAGACCACUAGCACUAGCACAUCUUCUUGCAGUCGCUUUUCGGAAUUCUCGGCCUUUGACAACUCGAGCGAUGGAAACAGUGACGCAAGCGACAGCAGUAGUCGUGGAGGGUCGAUUUUGGGUUUUAGCCGUCGAGGACAAUCCGUCAUUCCAGCAACCGAGCUGAUUGAAUUUUUUCAUGAAGAGGAACAGCUCAAGAUCUAUGACGCCCGUAGGCACGAAAUCCUUACACAGCUCAAAGUGCUGGACACCGAACCUGAAAAGGAAUACGACGCGCUCUGUGAGCUGGUUCGGCAGGUUUUCGACAGCAGUGUGGCUGCAGUGGCGUUUAUGGACCAGACUCGGCAGUGGUACAAGGCACGAUACGGUAUCGCCCAGGCUGAGCUACCACGCGACAUUGCCUUUUGCUCGCAGUUGUUGCAGACGCCACUGCCGACAAUAAUCAUGAACGCGACCAAAGACUCUCGUUUCAACCAGAACCCGCUUGUCACGGGCUCAGCUAACAUUCGUUUCUACGCCACAGCACCUAUUUGUGAUCCCAGCAGUGGCAUCGUUAUCGGUUCAGUGUUCGUCAUGGAUCCUAAGCCAAAACAGAAACUACCACCACGUGCGAUGGAGAUGUUGUCAUAUGUAUCUUCAGCCAUUGAAAAGCUUCUUCAAGGCGAAGCCUCUACACUUGCUGCUUCUACCAUGAAUCAGAAGCUGUACACAUCAACUGGUCAUUCCAUGCGCCGAGAAUCGUUGCCACUAUACCCAGAAAAUCGAACUGCUUCUCUUCGGAGCGUACCUGAGGACAUUGAGGAUGUUGACUUUUGCCAUACCCCCUUACGGUCGAAUGCAUCCAGCUCGUCAUUAAACAGUAGCUUGUGGAACAGCCAGCGUAGCAGCUCGCGGAGUAGUCAGUGUAGCAGCUUGCGGAGCAGCCAGCGUAGCAGCUCGCGUCGCUCGGGGUCUAAAAGACCGGUAUCAGCUUCAAAUUUACAAUUGCGACAUCAGUCACCGGACUCGAACGGAGGAUCGACGUCUUUGGAAUCACGCAAGUCUUCCAACACGUCCAACUCAAAGCUCAGUAUCAAUGAUCUGGUCUCUGCGGAACCACUGAAAAUCAUACCAGCGCAAGAGGCAGCUCCAGCUCAGUUGAAAAACGUCGACUGCAAUGAACUCUUUCGCCGCAUCACUUCCACCCAAGAGCUCUUGGCUCAGCAACACGGUACUCUUUUGGCGACGUUAACGCAGCACUCAUCCCGUAUCAGCUCUAUCGAAAAAACCGUCGACCGAAUUGAAGGUAUCUUGUCCAUCCAGCAAACACACAGCAUGGUCCGUCUUGUCGACUCGCCGGAGCGGUGGCCAGUGGAUUUGUAG